AGUGGCCUGUGUGCUGGGGAAUGAGUAGAGAGGGGAGUAGAAGUUUCUGUACUCAGAUCGGAUCUGUACACAGGGAGGGAGAGGAUCAUGCAGCUUUACAUGGACACAGAGUUUGAUGGCCUGAGCCAAUUGAUGGAGUCGGGCAAUGCAGUGAAUUCUCCGGGGGACGCGCUGGGACAGACGCCCUCACACCUGGCCGCGUGCGGGGGGCAUGCAUUCUUUCUGCUCUGGCAGCUGCAGACCGGAGUUGACAUCAACCAGCAGGACUUGUUUGGAGAGACUUUGGCUCAUAAAGCAGCCCGGUCCGGCAGUAUGGAAUGUCUGAGUCUUCUGGUCGCACGUGACGCAAGAUUAGAUGUCUGCAAUAGAGACGGGCACACGGCCCAAGAUCUGGCGUUGUCGGGUGGAUUCCUUGAAUGUGCGAAGUAUCUCUCCGUGGUUAAACAUACGCAGGAUAUGUUUUCUAGAGCGCGCUCUUCUGUGCAAGACUUGAAAGAGCCCGGGGCUGGUUUGAAGAGAGCUCAGAGCAGUCUGGAUAUUUCUCACGGGAAGAGACGGCGAUCUGACGCUUUUAUUUAGAUAUCCUCCGAGCAUAACCAAGACGAGAUCCGUGGCAAGAUGUAGAAGAGAUUCACGAUGAAAUGUUAGAAAAAUUCCAUGGCGAAUUCUUAGAAGACUUCCUUGGCAAGAUGUUAUACUGAGGACUGUAAAUUGCUUCUGUUGGGAGCUGCUGACUUGCUGGUUUACAUUAAACUGGAUUAUGUAUAUAUAACCUCCUCUGCAGGAAAGAGGAGGCACUUUUCCUUGUAUAUGUUUUGUUAAAUAUUUCAGUCAUUUUGUUUACAUAAGCUUUUGUACAAUAAAGUUUUUUUUUUUUCAUAA